AUGCCCACAAUGUGGAUGUCGGAUGCCCAAAAAAUUGGGGUGGCCUUCUGCUCCGGCGGUGGCUUCUUCCUGAUAGGAGGCGUGAUGCUGUUCUUUGAUCGAGCAAUGCUGGCAAUGGGAAAUAUUCUUUUCCUGAUCGGUCUCACUAUAAUAAUUGGCCCUGCAAAGACCGUCCUCUUCUUCGCGCGCAAGCAGAAGGCAAAGGGAACCGCGGCGUUCUUUGGUGGUCUCGUCCUCAUUUUGAUGCGCUGGCCGCUGAUUGGGUUCUGUGUCGAGCUGUACGGCAUUAUGGUUCUAUUUGGUGACUUCCUGGGCACGAUCGCUGCAUUUGCAAGGAACAUACCAGUCGUGGGCCCGUACAUUGGAUUGGUGAUAGAUCGUAUGGGUAUUGGUGCGAGACGGAAUGCUGAAUUGCCAGUGUGAUGAUGGAUGGAACUGGUUUCCGCCCAUGUCUUUGGGUAGGCGCGGCACAGGAGUUUUUCUUCUUGACACUUUGGAAGCUGGUACUGGCUGUAUCAUGCUCAUGUAGACGGGCGUUCAUUGGCGGCGGUAUACCCAUAGUAUUAAAAGAUGUGUCUCUAUAU